UGGUACAAAGCAGAAAGUAGAAUCAUAACCUGGAAAAAUGGAGGUUGGCCCUCAUGAAUUUCAAGAGCCAGAAGGGGGCGCAAUGGAGAGGAGAGCAGUGUCCAACUCUGUCCCAAGCCCUCCAUGGCCUCAGCCGUCCCUCACUUUAACCUCACCCCCUGUGUUGAGUAGAUGUUCUUUAUACCCACAACCCCCAGCAGAGACCAAGACACAUAGAGCCUCUUUGUUGGUAGAAGAUAAUGCCGCCAACCAUAGGCCAGAAGGUGAGUCGUCGCCUUCAUUUGUUCCUAGAACCAUCGCCGUCCCCCCAUAUCACCAUAGUGAUCCAGCUGACCUUCUACCACAGGCCAUGUUGGCAGCAGGGUUGCCCACAAUGCACGGCGGUCUCCUGGUUCUUCCAGUCCCGCCUCAGAACGUGAUGGUCUCCCAAGACAUUGACGGCCCGAUCCUAAAGAUGUCAGAUAGAACUCUCUUAGAUCACACCGUAAUGGUCCCGUUAUAUGAGGAGGACCCAAAAUGGGGGAAAUCAUUGGAAGAGGUGGAGAUGGGUUGUAAUACAGAAACCAGUGAUGAUGGCAGCAAAGAGGAUGAGGGUGACCCAUUCAGGUGGAUGGAAGGAACCAACUGUGAAAGUCUGGGUGAGGAGGAGGAGGAGUGUGAUGAUGGGUGGAGGGAGAAGGAUGAGGAUGAAGAGCAAAGUGAUGAGGAUGAUGAUAAUGGUGGACAGAGUGAAGGGAUCAGUGAUGAAGAUGAUGGACAGAGUGAAGGGAUCAGUGAUGAAGAUGAUGGACAGAGUGAAGGGAUCAGUGAUGAAGAUGAUGGACAGAGUGAAGGGAUCAGUGAUGAAGAUGAUGGACAGAGUGAAGGGAUCAGUGAUGAAGAUGAUGGACAGAGUGAAGGGAUCAGUGAUGAAGAUGAUGCACAGAGUGAAGGGAUCAGUGAUGAAGAGGAUGAGUUUUACGAUGAAGAACUUGGAGAAGAGGCCGAUGAUGAGCGGACGAGUGAUGGUUCCGAUGAGGAAAGGCCGGAAAGGAAGUUUAAUGAUCAAUUGGAGAAGGUUGAUGAUGAUGAUGAUGAUGUGGGACAAGGAGAGUUUAGUUCUUUCCCAAGCUCCAGAGCUGUAGACUCAUCCGUCACUCCGGCCCGUCCUAACCCAUGUGACCAGAGGGGCACCGCCUGGAAAGAGACCGACCCCGAAGAACCUUCUGAUGAAGAGCUGAAGAAAGUCUACAGAGAUCUGCGGCAGGAUCUGCACCAAAACGCAACUCUGUUCAAGGCGAUGAUGCGUGAGGGUCUCCAGGGGUCUCCACCCACCUCCCCCCUCACAUAGAAAGUCAAAACAUUUGUACGAUCUUCAGUAUAAAAGAAAACAACAUCAAAUCCUUUUAUUAGAAGCGUUAUAUUCAUGCGAGCUCUAGGACCCCCAUGAUGGAGGGUUUAGUAUUCCGGAUGUUUUUUUUAUAGUGUUAGUCUUUUCUGGAGGCCAUGUUUCCAGUUUGGUUGUCACCUCCCAGAUGGCUUCUAUAGUCUGGAGUGUAUCGACUUCGUAAACAGUACUAUAAAGGGUGAAGUAAAGUCUGGGGUAUCCUUAUAUAAAGGAAUAUAGGGUAAAGGUACAGUCCAGUCACUAGGAAUAUUCAGGAAUGGUACAGCCCGGUCACUAGGAAUAUUCAGGAAUGGUACAGCCCGGUCCUGUUCACUAGGAAUAUUCAGGAAUGGUACAGCCCGGUCACUAGGAAUAUUCAGGAAUGGUACAGCCCGGUCACUAGGAAUAUUC